AUAGAGAAAAUAACUUGCGGCUUCACAACUGUAAAUUCAAGGCUCCGGAUAGCUGGAGGAAAAAGAUCUAAGAGAGGUAGAUGGCCAUGGCAGAUUGGACUCUACGGAAACAGCAAAGGAGGUACACAAUUCCUUGUCGUGAUAUCUUAAUCUUAGUGUAGCGGGCAAAAAGUUACAUAAACAAACAAGCAAACACACCAAUAAGCAAGCAGGAAAAGCGACAAAAGCAUGUUUUUCGUCGUGCGUUGUGCUAUUUUUUCUUCGUUUCGAAGAAUGUGCAAUAACUUUGUAACGUUUACUCCUCCACAAAACCUAGCAAAAAGAAAACAACAUAUAUAUAUAUAUAUAUAUAUAUAUAUAUCAUAUAUAUCGGAACUCUAGCUUUUAAUCAUUUGUUUACCUUAGUAAAUCUUGUAAUCAUUUCCAUUAGGGAUCAUAUUUCUCUGCGGAGGUGCCCUUAUCUCCCGUCAAUGGGUCUUGACCGCUGCGCAUUGUUUCUAUGGAAAAGGUGUAUUUUACGGAAAUGCAAGUUGGUAAGCUACAACAGCAGUUUUAUAUAUAUAUAUAUAUAUAUAUUAGCCAACGUUUUCACGUUGUUUUAUACUUUGAUGUGUUUUAUGAUACCAUUUAAUUUUAUUUACACAAAAAUACAACACGAUAAUUCGUUGUACAAUAAUCACAUUAAGUGAUUUUGGUUAAUUACGCGUCGUCAUAUGUGACGUCAUGGGAGCUUAUCUGAAGGCUCGUUGCAUGAAUCGGUAAGUCAUAAGCUUAAUGCGAAGGGCAAGCACGUUACCCAGCCAUAAGCUCAAUUCGUUAUUAUGCCCGAAUCUAUGGCUCAUGCAGAACCUACUGAAGCUAUCAGACGUUCAUCGCACGAGGAGGCUUUCCUGUACGACUUUGGCCUCCCUUCGAUUGACAAUACAGAACAGAAACACCAAAAACAGGAAAGCAAACACGCGGACACACCGCUAAAACCCAAAACACCUAUCCAGAAAUCCAGUAGAGAUCAGCUCUUUGACGAUCCUGGCUUGUUAGCACUGAAAAUAACUAUUUUCCCGGCGGAGCGAGAAAAUUUGGCCCUGGAGUUGGAGCUUCUUCGCCUGAAGCAAUCACAGCCAUCGACUACACCCAAAUCGCAGAGUGCUGACCUCGGAACAUCUGCCUCUGCUUCGGUCGCUCGGAAGAAACGCCACGUCGACUGGCCGCAGUAUUUCUGCUCAGGUACGUCUACCUCUGUAGAUGCUGGCUAUCUUGCCAUGAUAAAAACAUACGAACCGGAGACAUUUAAGUUCGUGCUCAGCCAAAUCGAGCUUCUCAUGCUCAAGGGCAUCAGUUACACUUGGAGUAGUGUACGUUCCUUUCACGCUAACAUUAAAAAACAAGUAGAGCUGUAUCGCCAGGAAUGGAACGAUGCAGCGGAUAUUUGCGACCGGGCAAGCACCUUCUUUUAACACUCGGACUUACGUCCUUCCCCCACCUGUCGCGCGACCUCCUCGUCGGCUCCUUCAAUGUGCGCGAAGCCGGACUCAACUCAACAAAAUCAGGGUUGUCGGCAACGGAAUUACACGGGCUCUUGCAGUUGCGAUAAGGAAAAAGACACUUAUUCUAAGCAACACAGGCGUCGUGUCUGUACACAAGACCAUCCUAUGCUUCAUUGUGCGAAGCGUAGAAAUCUUAUUCCGUCAAUGUUUUGACACAGUGUUUCCAUGCCGCACCCUUCUUGCUCGGAACUGACCUCGGACCUCCCAAUAAAAUUACGGACACUCCCGCUUGCAUGCCUUCAUGAAUUUUUCAUUCACUUCCUCGUCCGGCUUCGAGCUCUACUACAUCGGCUGUCAUUUGCCAUGUCCUUGCUUCACGGUCGGAUCAAAACAAUGCUUUCGGGGAGAGAAUUCCUGUUCCAACAGCAUUAAACAUUUACAUGUGGAAUCAUCUUUUGCUUGAUUAUGAUGAUGAAAUCGUAGUAGAAUUUUUCAACUACGGUUGGCCGAUUAAUUAUAAGUCUCAUCAGUUGCAGCAAUCUACCCAACACAAUUUUCCUUCAGCCUUGGGGUUUUCAGAUCAUGUACGCGCGUACAUCAAAGCUGAGUUGUCUUUUACCACUAUUGCCGGUCCUUUUCAAAAGAAUCCGCUGCACCAACACCUGAUUUGCUCCCCACUACAAACUGUUCCUAAAUGCGGUUCUACCAAACGCCAGGUGGUCAUGGAUUUGAGUUAUUCUCCCUCUUUUUCUGUGAACAGCGGUAUUUCAUCGUCUGCGUAUCUUGAUUCUCCUUUUAAACUCCGUCUUCCCGAAAUUGAAAGAUUGCGCGAGUUCAUUUUAUCAAAAGGGCGUGGUUGUCAUGUUUUCAAAAGAGAUCUCUAACGCACUUAUCGCCAUUUCCCAACCUAUCCCAAAGGCUAUCACUUAAUGGGUUUUAAUUUUUACAAUCAACUGUAUUGUGACACACGAAGCCCCUUUGGCUUGAGAACCUCAGCGAUGAUUUGUCAAUGAACGACUAAGACCGUCAUUCCCAUUUUCACGCAGUCCGUUUUUUUGCGGACGUUUAUUUAGACGAUUUUUAUGGCGCCGAAAUUCCAGCGCUGACUGAAACAGCGUUUGCCGCUUUGCAGUCUCUUUUUUUGAUUCCUUAGGCUUGGCCUCUUCUCCGGAAGAAGAUUUUCCAUCCGCUACUAAAAAGGUUUCCUUAGGUAUUCACGUUAACACCGACGAUUGGACUUUGAGUGUUCCUGAUUUUCAGCUUCUCGACUUAUCGGACGAUUUCACUAUCAAGGAACUGCAGUCCAUACUUGGCAAACUUUCAUUUCGUUCCCGUCCAUUCUAGUCGCAUUUUUCUUUCGCCCCUUCUGGAUACUUUGCGGAGCUUUCCUUUAUUCGAGUGCCUACGUUAAACAUCAACCCGUCAAACCAGAAAUGCGCUAGGAUCUAGUAUGAUGGCACAGUUUUCUUCCCUAUUUUAACAGGUUCUCCGAAAUAAAGCCUCCGGACUGGCUUUUUACGAACUUGCGUUUUACCGCAGACGUUUGUAUGGUUCGUGGUGGUGCACCUUGCAGAUAGCAGUGCCUCAAACAGUUUUCAUUCCAGGAUUUUGUUCUUUCUUUCGCGUGUCACAUUUCAGCUUCUGAACUCUUCACGGUCGUUGUUGCUAUGAAGUUCUGGGCUCCUUUUUUGCAGGACCAGCGGCCCUUUCUCAGCGCCUGUGACAACGAGGCGCCGUUAUCGUGGUCAAUUCAGGGUCCACCAAGAAUCCUCUCAUGCAACGGUGUUUGCGACAAGUUUGGUUUAUUUCAGCUCUUCACGAUUUUGAACCGCACGCUUGGCAAAUUCCCGGCGAUCAAAACUUGUUUGCAGAUGCCUUAAGCCGCUGGCCCAUCUCCUCUUACCAAGCCAAGAUUCUCGAACUUUCUACCGAGCUCGGGAUCAGUUAUUCCUUUCAACAGCUACCUAGAGACUUCACUUAUUUUGAUGUUGAUUGAUACUCUACUUUCAGUCGUUCCUUUCUUUUAGGGUCUCAUGUCCAUGUUCCUUUUUAGAUGUCUUUAUCCAGCGUCUUCUCCAUCACGCCUUUGCUGAAUCUACUCAUCGGAAUAUUAAGUCCUACGUUAACGUGUAUACUAGGUUUUGUAAUUCAGUCGCUUGUUCUCCCUCCCCUGUUGAAGUCGAUACUCUCUCUAAGAGAACCUUUGGAACUAUUAUUGAUCAUUUGAGAAGCAUCAAACACGUUAAUCAGCCUUUAGGCUUCAAUAGGGUCUGGGAUACAGGGUGGGGGGGGGGGGCACGCUUCACAUUAGGGCUUCAAAAACUCUUCAAUUUCAGCAACGUUCUUUGACAAUCCCAUUGCCUGGCAUUCCUGGUUCUCCCUUAUGCCCCGUCGCGGCCUUACAGUCACAUUUGCGUUUCAGUUCCGGCCAUGCUCACUCUCCCCUAUUCUCAGUUAUUUCUCUCACGUCUCAGCGUUUAAUUCCUAUCACGUAUCGUCAUUUUGUUCUUUUCUUUCUACAACCAUCAGCGCGAUAGUUUUAGUUCCGGCACAUUAUUCUCCCCACAGUUUUCACCGUUGUGGUGCUAGUUUUCCUUUCAAGUGCAACGUUCCUGCACAACUCAUUCAUAGGCAAGGGGAUUGGCAAAGCGAUGCUUAUUUAGCGUAUCUCAAUAUGUCUCUAGAGCAAAAGCAGCUCGCGGUCACUACUAUGGCAGAUGAUAUCUUAGGUUAUCUUCCUUUUGACAUUUCGUUGUCAACUCUUAUCUCACAAUGACAUCAUAGUAUUCUAUUUUUUUUUUCUUCCUCCUAUUACUCCUACAAUCACGCUUUUUCAAAGCUACACAACCUCGGUUUGGGCCUUUGGCGGGAGUCUAUUGAUUCAGUUACCGGCGUCAUUCGCUACUCAGUGUUCUUGUUGUCGAAUCUGACUCAAUAAACUUGCUGCCCAAACCUCUUGUUGUGUUGUCUUUGAGAACAUGUAAUUGUAUAAUAAUUGCAUUAAGUGAUUUUUGUUAAUUACGCGUCGUCAUAUGUGACGUCAUGGAAGCUUAUCUGAAGGCUCGCUGCAUGAAUCGGUCAGUCAUAAGCUCAAUUCGAAGGGCAAGCACGUUACCCAGCCCUCUCUUCCAAGGGAGUAUAUUGAUUCAGUUAUGACGUCAUUGUUGCUCAGUGUACUUGUUGUCGAAUCUGACUCAAUAAACUUGUUGCGGAAACCUCUUGUUCUGUGGUCUUUGAGAACGCGUAAUUUCAUCAGCAAGUACUCAAUCUAUAAAAUUUGUAAAAAAUCUUCUGAUUUCAAGUCUUUGAUUAAAUUUUGAGGUAUGGCGGCUUUUAAAUAGAGUCUUACAUUCUAGCUCAGCAAACUCACUUUUGCUAUAUUUCAACUCAUUUUCUAGGUACCUAGUUAAGGUUGGUGAUCAUAACAGGAGAAGAAAUGAAAUCUCGCAACAACAAGUAAUACCCGAAAAAAUAUUUAUUCAUCAACAAUACAAACAUUUUUCCUCUGUAGACGCUGAUUUAGCUCUCGUCAAACUUCGAACACAGGUUAAACUUACUGCAUUUGUUCGAACAGUGUGCUUACCAGAAAAGCAGGAAGGUGAUUUGGCAAUCCCUGGGACGAAUGGGUUCGUGGCAGGAUGGGGAGUAACACGUGCUUUACGACAUGGAGAAUUUGCCAAGCCCAACGACACAUCCAAUGUUCUUCGUCACGCAGUUUUCAAAGUUCAAGACAAUAAUAUUUGCUUGAAAAAAUCAUCAAUCACUUACAACUCAACCUUGGCAUUUUGUGCUGGAGAUGGCGGAAGAGGUGUAAGGGAUUCUUGUAAGGGAGACAGUGGAGGGGCUUUUGUUCGUAAAGUAAGAAGAAGGCCUAAUUUGCACUGGGUGGCUGUUGGAAUAGUCAGCUGGGGGGAGGGGUGCGCACAGAAAGACAAGUAUGGUUAUUACACUAGAUUGUAUCCAUUCAUAGACUGGAUAAAAAAGACAAUGGAUAACCGUAAGUUU